ACAAAAUGGCAGAGCUAAACAAACUGAAUCUUCACACUCCUUUUCGUUUAGAAAUUUAUUGAAAAACUAUUUUUUUAAAGUUUUUCUUCUAACUUAAAAUAAUUAAACCAUGGAAACUAAGAAAGAUAAUUAUGAAAAUGGAGUAAGAUCAUCAAGCAGAACAUCUAUAAAUAUAAAAAUUCCACUUGAAUCAGAUUUAAAUGUUGAAGUUGAACAGGAUUCCUAUGCUAAUGCUGGCUUAACUUCAAUUCAAAGAGAUCUAAAUAAUGUAGGGCACUCCCAUGUAGAAGAUCGUGUACCUUAUAAUACCACAAGAACUGUAACUCCUGGAGAAGAAAAUCAAACAUCUAGAAACCUUUCCCUAAAAUAUUAUCACGCCAUGCCAAGUGAUAAAUUAUCUUCUGUCAAUUCUGACAAACAUUCGAAUUAUAGGCCUACAGCUCUAAAUCCAAACAAUGCUGAACACCAACAGAUCUUUAAUGGAAAAAGCAGCUUAGGACUGGAGCCUAAAAACAUAGGCAAAAGAGACCAACAGAAAAGAGCAGUGUUGAUUAUAGAACGAGCUUGGGUCUCAUACAGGAAUAAACAAAUGUUCAAACUCUUGAAAAACUCAGUUUGUGCUGCUGAAAAUUCACUUUCAUAUGAGAUUCUUCGAAAGGUAUCCCCAAAAGAGGCAGAAUUUUUUAGUCACAAACAUCAUCAAAUUCGCUUAAGAUUCAGAUUUGGAGGAGAGGAGUUUCCACCUAUGAUUUUUUUCAAAAUAUUUAUACAGACUGGAGUGCAAAAAGUGAAAUACUUGAGUGGAAGAAAGAUGAUUAAACCAGCCACAGAGGCAUCAGCAGAUGCUCUGAAGCAAAUGGGAAAUAGAAAUUUUUACAAUCUAAUGUUGCAAGAUACUAUUAGACAACAGAGCCAUCCGGUAACAGAUGAAGUGGAUAUUACAACUUUGAAAGAUUAUAUGCAGUAUUUGUCAAACUUGGAUGAAAGUCCUGCCAAUCAAGGAGGAAAAGAAAACUAUUGGAGGAAACUUACUCUUGAUGUACUCCCAAGGCAGACAAUAUUCUUUGAUGUUGUAGACUUUGCUUACAAUAAUCAUUUGUCAGCAACAUUGAAAGAAGAAAUGCAGCUUCUGACAGCCCGACCAGUUAGUCAGAUGAUGUUAGUGAAACAGUUUAAAGCUAUAUCAAGAAUUAGGUCACAGCAAACCAAUCCUCCGGCUCACUAUUUCAAAUCAAGCAAGUCAGUGUCUAUGCUCAGAGACAACAGCCAGGUGUCAGGCAGACAAACAAAGCAAGCCCGAGAGAAAGUUAUGAAAAUGAGACAGCUCUACAGCCAACAAUAUACAAAAGAUCCAGAUGACCUGACUAGUGAUAUACAGGAUGAUGACUAUCUACAUUAUGGACAGGAAAUGGACAAUGCGCUUCUAGCUGAGGCCAGUGAGGAGGACUGGGACCAAGAGGCACACCAGCUGUAUCAGUGGACGCAAGGACUCUCCUUUUCUGAUGACAUGAUCCAUUCACCACAAGUGACAUUUUGAUCAAACUGGACAUUUAAUUGCAAAUCUAGACAUAUUUCAAUUAGGCUAUUGUUUAUUCAAAGAUUAGGCCUACACUGUCUGGGUGUUUUCUUUUUCUCCCAUGUCCGGAUGAAGUAUACAUUUCACAAUAUUAUUCAUUGUCGAAGACAAUACAUGAAUCAGCUAAACAACCAAUUAGUUAAUCAAUUAGUGUUAACAAUUAACUUUGUUUUUAUAUGGAAUAGAGGGAGAUCAGUCUUGAAGGGUUUAGAGCUAUGACAGUUAUUAUGCAGUGCUUUCCCUUUUAUAAGCUUUGUUUUUUCUAAAGUAUUGUUUACAUUUUGCUUGUUUUCAGUUUCCUCUCAGGAACAUUGAAAUAUACUUUGCUUUGCUUGUUAUCUAGAUCUAUUUAUGUUUGGCCUUAAAUUUUUAAUGAAAUAAGGCUAGUGAUUUGAAACUUUACUAUGUAGUUUUAUAAAACUGUUUUGAAAUUUCAAUGUACAGAGAUAUAAUAUGAUUUAUCU